AUGAUUAAAUGUUUAUGUGUGAUUCCAGUGUAGCCAAAGAGUAUCUAGAAUUCUAUUUAUAUUCUACAAAUUUCCCUUUAUCAAUCAAGAUUUAAAUUAGAACUGAACCGGCGCUGGAACUCACUUUUGAAUCUCUCGCUCUUCUUCAUCACCAUGGUCUGUUCACACUUGUUCACUUGCUUCCUUCCGCUCACGAAACUGCGACUGCUUGGUGGAUGGAAGCUCUGCUGUGUCCCUCGACGGAGAUGGACGAGACGAGGCUUAGAACCAACCCUAUCGGUGUCUCUCUCUCUCUCUGGUUCAUCGUAUCUCCGACGACAAGCCCGAAAGGCCCAUCAUUUGCACUCUGCCCUACCGGUUAUUCAACACCUGCUCUGGAUCUAUACUCAAAUCCGCCGAAGAUGACCUCCGCAGCCUUCGGAAAUGUGCUCUGUUCCGGAAUCUACCGGGUAGCUCGCUCAAUCAUCUUCAAUGUGCUCGAGAACGACCAAGCGGGGAGGUCUCCUCCGCUAUGUUCCAGAUCCGACAUCGCAGCACACUGCUACUCCUCGAACUGGUUCGCCGGUACGCCUGUCGACGAUAACACCGCAGCCUUCAUUGCUGCUGUUCACGCUCCAACGAUGGAGCCGCGUCAUUUUGGAUCGUCACCUGCUUGGAAUCUGGAACCGUCAACUCUCCUCUGCACUGCUUCUCUACCUCCACCGACAAUCAAUUACCGCAUCUCUCCAAAGGCCGGCGCAUCUCCCCUCCGUCUUCCCGUCGCCUCAUGCAGCCCCCUUGUUACACGAGCUGGACUUGCACAGAUCCGGAACUUCUUGGGCUUGGCCAUAUGUGUUUGGCCCAUUAUCUGGUUGCUAAGAACUCAUCAGCAAAGCCUCCAAGCGCACUCAUCCACCACCACAGCACUUUAAGAUAUCAUGGACCUGGACCUCAACUCAUGAGGAUGUACCGUCGACGACUCUGUGUGUAGUCCUACUCCGGCAGCCUCUCCGCACCUCAUUGCAACGUCGGGAGAUCCAAGCAUCUUCAGAGACGGUUUUCAACCGUUCUCACUUCAACGUCGAUUUCAAUUUUUUUGUGUUCUUUAGAACGUGGGUUUUAGGAUUACAAGUGAAGAUUUUCUACGGGUUUCUUCUCUCCUUAGCCAUCUCUAUCUUCCAUUAUGUUUUAAUUAUGUUAGCUUAUCUGCUUAGUGUCGAGUAUCUCCGAGGUUGUAACCGGCUUAGCCCAUCGGAUAUUUAAUUUUAA